AUCCUCAAGGUCCUGGACCGCCACUGGCACAGCUCCUGCCUCAAGUGUGCCGACUGCCAGAUGCAACUGGCCGACCGCUGCUUCUCCCGCGCCGGCAGCGUCUACUGCAAGGAGGAUUUCUUCAAGCGUUUCGGGACCAAAUGCACGGCGUGUCAGCAGGGCAUCCCCCCCACCCAGGUGGUCCGCAAAGCCCAAGAUUUUGUCUACCACCUCCACUGCUUCGCCUGCAUCAUCUGCAGCCGGCAGCUGGCCACCGGCGACGAGUUCUACCUGAUGGAGGACGGGCGGUUGGUCUGCAAGGAGGAUUACGAGACCGCCAAGCAGAACGAUGACUCCGAGGCGGGCGCUAAGCGGCCCCGGACCACCAUCACCGCCAAGCAGCUGGAGACGCUGAAGAACGCCUACAAAAAUUCCCCCAAACCUGCCCGGCAUGUGCGGGAGCAGCUCUCCUCCGAGACAGGGCUGGACAUGAGGGUGGUGCAG